GGCUCCAGGCUGGGCUAGCAGGCCGAGGCGGGGAAGGGGACGCAACGCGCGGAAUCUCGACUGGAGGCGGCAGCCACAGAUAGGCGAGCCCGUCCCGUCUGUGCGUCCGCCUGACUGCGCCAUGGAACCUGAGCCUGUGGAAGAAUGUGUCCAGAGCACACUGGCUGCCUUGUACCCUCCUUUCGAAGCCACAGCCCCUACCCUUCUGAGUCAGGUCUUCGAAGUGCUGGAGCGGACGUACCAACACGAUGCACUGCGCUACACCCUUGACUUCCUUGUUCCUGCCAAGCACAUCUUGGCUCGCAUCCAGAGUGAAGCCUGUGCUCAGUAUAGUGGCUUUGUCUUUUGCCAUGAAGGUUGGCCCCUGUGCCUUCAUGAAAAAGUCCUUGUCCAGCUGGGCUCCUUGCCUUGGCAACAUUUGUGUCCCGGGGAUUUCUACUUGCAAGUGGUGCCUCACCGGGAAUGUGCUCCCCGCCUAGUCCUGAAAUGCCUCUCGCUGGAGAGCCGGGGAGUUCAGGAGUUGCCUGUGUCUCCGGACUCCUAUCGAUUCCUGUUUACCAUUGAAUGGCUUAAUGGCAUCAACAAAGAACGUAGGGUAGGGCGCCUGGAACGCUGCUUGCUGGCAGCUGGAGAAAAAGUGCUGAGCUUGCCCUGGGCUGAGCUUGUGUAUCCUCAGUUUGUGCACAAAGAUGGAUUUAUUGUGGGGCAGCACUGCCCUACAGAUUUGACUCCUGAGGUACUGGGAGCAAGGAGUCCUGGUGACGGACGCCAUUCUGGCGGAGAGAACCGGGAAUCGGAGGGGGAAUACGUUCACCUUUUGGAGGUCAGCCCCACCUUGCAUCAAACACCCAGAAUCCUGCAACCUUGCAGUGCCCAGAUUCAGACAAUGCCUGCUCGCAAGGGACAUAGCAAAAAUAGGAACCGGCGCCACCGAGCCUGGCUCCAUCAUAAGUCAGGCUGCGGGGAGAACUUUGCUUUGCGACAGGCUUGCAAAACUGAGGAGGCAGAGAAGUCUAGCCAAGAGAAGGGAAUCCAGGAUGAGAAAGUAACUCAGCUGAGACCAAACCCUAGCCCAGCUUUAGACCCAGUUAUAGAAACUCCCGGAACAGUUGGGAACUUGAAUCCCAAGCAACUGGAGGCAACCCUGGAUCACCUUGAAACAAAACCACCACCCAUUCUGAGUAGUAGUGAUGGCAUUGCUGAAGACACAGUUCUAGGGAAAGAGGAAUUGCUUGAAUCCAUUCCCCAAGAUCCAACUCCUCCUAAGGAAGACAGCAAGGAAAGCCAUGCUCCAGCUUUAGCAACCCCAAAACGUACCACCAAGGGAAACCGGAGAAAAAAGAAAGGUGCUGGGAAAGGAGCUGGUGGUCGGAUUAAACAGGGGACAGAUUCUGCUAACCAAGAAACAGAAAGUUCUGAUCUUAAAAUAGGUGCUGAAAAAGAGGAGGCCUGCACUGGUCCAGGAGAACAGGAUUCUGAGACCGGAAGUGUUUAUGUUAGUACCAGAGAUCCAGACAGCAUCAAAGUAUCAUGUGUUGAUAUCACGGAGUGUGAUGACACUCAAGAAAAAGAUAGAAUCACAGGAAACCAAAGCCUUGAAACUCAAGGGGAGGGAGCCAACAAUAAGGGCUUGACUGUCACCACUGGAGACUGUAUUGCUGGUGCUACUGAGCCAGAAGACAGCACAGGAAAAUGUACCAUUGAUGACAAUGAAGGCAGCUCUGGAGAAGGAAAUAUGGAAGGCCCAAAACUUAACACUGAAGAACAAAAUGCUAAGCCCAUGACUAGUGAACCAAGAAUUGAUAGUGAGGAGGUGAACAUCCAAGAAAAAGAAGCUGACGUUUCUGAAGACCAAUGUAUGGUGGAGCAGGAUCUCAACAGUGACUUGCCAAAGAAGAAUGAACCAGCAAGUGUGGAUGGGAAAGAAGAGGCCGUAGACAUAGCAGCUGAUCAGGGUCCUAGGGAAAUACAAAAUUCUGUUUUACCCACGGUGGCUCGUCUUGGGGAAUCUGUAAACUGGAAUCUUCUUCAGUCAGGAGUUUUGGCUCUGACAGGAGGAAUAGACAAGGCUGGCCAUUCCUUGCUGACCAUAGUGCCCCAGCCUCUUCAGGAUGAGUUGCCUCCGGGACAAGAGGAUCUGGUUAAUACCUUAAGAUACAUGCACUCACUUCUCAGGCAAGAGCUAAAGAUUCUUGGACUGACAGUGCUGUUGGACCUAAGCCAUGUGGAUGACUGGGCCUUCCAGGCCCCCGUAUUGCUGCCAGCUUUAAGAGCAUUCCAGGAGACUGCACCAACUCCCAUCAGUCAGCUGCUGGUGAUCUUACCUUCUGAUGAUCGUUUUGUACCCCAUGAAGAAGAAUUGACCUUAGAACCUGUUGUGGAAAUCCGGCUUCUUUUGCUGCAUGAACUUCCACAUUAUGUAGCCUUGGAUCAGUUGACCCCAGCACUAGGUGGGACUCUGAGCUACUCACCACCCAAAUGGGUUAGAGAACAUCAGGCUCUUGAACAACUACAAGAUCUCUGUUGUGCUGUUCUCCAGACUGUAUGUGAAGCCAGUGACCACCUCAACACAGUGGGAACAGCAUCAAAUCAGGAGGAACUUUCAGCUCAAAUCACCUUGCAUCAGGACACUAUGCAGAAAUUGCUUUCAGAGCCUCGUUUACUGGAGCUCCAGUGCCGUGGAGGCUCUUUGCUAGCACGGCUACCUCCAUCAGGACCCUGCAGUAUGCAAGCUAUGGAUGCCACAAGACUGUAUCAAGAGGUGGAUGAAGCCCUUCAUGGACUUGUCCAACUCAGCAACCGGUGUCUUGAGUUAUUGCAGCAGGAGAAGAAGAACAUACAGGUUCAGCAGGAAGGCAAAACAUGCCUUCAGUCUGGUGAUAGCAGUGUAGAAAAGAAGAGAGAGGGUGAGAGACCAGCUGAGGGACUAGCUGAAAGAACAUCCUUGGAGAAAAAACUGUUACAAAACCCUAGAUCUUCAGGGAAGUCACAGGUCACGCCUGAAGACAGUUCUGUUCCCCGAGCCCGAGCCCGGGCAUGCAGCAUCAGUGCUGCUGCUGCUGCUUCUUCAUCAAAGCAUGGCUUGUUGCUUGGGUCCAAAUUUGGUUCCUCUUGCAGUUUAACUUCUCUCUUCCAGCCACUUACCAGCCCCAAAGGCUCCCCUUUUUGUUCUCCUGCCCGAAGCAAUGCCCUAGACGGCAAGAAGAAAAGCCAGGGGCCCCUCAUCACUUCCAAAACACCUGCAUCUCCAGCUAAUAACCUGGCAUUACGAGCCUUGAGUGAUCCGGGUCGCCCUAGUGUGCAUAUACGUGGCCUGGAAGUAAGCAGCCGGGAACUGGCAGACAGGAGCUGUUCCCCCCGUGAACAUGUGCUGUUGGGACGCAGCAGAACUCAUGUUGCUGAAGCACCUUGGGGGGCCACACCUCGCAUGGAAAGAAGGCGUUGCCUUGGGGUCCAACAGCAGCUUUUGGUUGAGCUGCUGGAGUGCGAGCGGGAGUAUGUGGGUGCCCUUACCCAGCCCCUUUCUCUGUCUCAGGAGCCUGGGGGACAGGCUUGGACAGCUGAGUUAAGAUGCCUGGGCGGUGCCCUCCGGGCCACGCGGGACCGGCUCCUGGCCUUCCAUUCCAGCUGCCUCCUGAGCGAGUUGGAGGGGUGCAUGAGCCACCCAUCACGCAUUGGCAGCUGCUUCCUGCGUCACAGAGAAGAGCUGCAACUGUAUGCAACCUAUGCCAAAGAUCACCACAAGUUCCAGGCUGCCCUGGCUUUGCUUCGAAGCACUGGCAAGAAAGGUUUGAUGGAGCCACGUGAGGAUGGACAAAUAGCAUACACUUUACAGGUGCCUCUGGAGCAACUGGAGCGGUACCGGCGCUUCCUGGGUGAACUUCUACAUGAAUGUGAGCUCGAGCAGGGGCCUGACCGCCAAGCCCUACAGGAGGCCCAGCAACUGUUGGAGGCACAGGAGCAGCGAGGCAGAGACUUACUGGCCAUAGAGCAUAUCCGAGGUUGCGAGAUAAAACUGUCAGAACAAGGGACAUUGCUUCAGCGUGGUGAACUCAUUCUGUUGUCUGGACGCCGUAAAUGCCAGCGGCAUGUUUUCCUAUUUGAGCAGUUGCUACUCUUUACCAAAUGUAAAGGAGCUGAGGGUGGCUAUGUCUGCAAACAGGCCUUGCAGACUGCUUCCAUGGGUUUGACUGAGAGCGUGGGUUCUAGUGGGUUACGUUUUGAGCUUUGGUUCGGAAGGGGAUCAUCCCGGCAGGCCUAUACAUUGCAAGCAGCCUCUGCUGAAGUCAAGCAUCAGUGGACAAAUAUUAUAGCCCAACUGCUCUGGAGACAAGCUGCCCAGCCAAGUGUCUCAAUGAGCUUGUCCUCCUGCCCUUCUCAGCGCUUAGCUCCUCUGGGUCUUGGCCCUGGUCCCCCUCCUGGUUUGUCACUCCCUGGCCACUUUGAGGAAGAGGAAUGGGACUUAGAUGUCAAGCCCAUCCCGAGAGCUCACACCUCUGGGUCAGAGGGAGCCUCCCCAAGCCACCAUGAACCACUUAGGCAGGGGAGAAGUUCAUUGCCUGGCAGCAGUUCUGCUUUAGGACACCAUCAGUCGCGUUGGGUGUGGAGCCUGCAUCGGAAACUCUUUUCUUCGGGAAGCCAUGGACGGCAAGAUUCAGUUCCUAGGGACUCUGGGAACAGGACAGUUUGAGAUCCUUGCAAAAACUUGGGAAUUGGGACACAAAUGGAUGGUCAUAUUCAACAAUAUUGUGACUUGCUCCUACCCAUUUCCUGAAGGCUCUGCUAACACUCCACAGAAGCAUCUAGAUUGGUUAUAUCCUACUGUGGGAUUUCCAUGUCCUGCCUGAUUACUACUCAUUGAGUGCCUUUUCUGCCAUUUUCUUGGAUUGUGAAUUUCUUGGAGUGUUUUGGUCAACUUCACACUUAAAAGAGGCUAUCAAGCAAGGAAGCUCAACCAAGAAACUCCCAGGUUCACCUAAAUUAAAAGUUGCUGGGAAAGAGGGAACUUGGUGGGUUGAAUCAUCUUCUAUUGAGGAUCAAAUGGGGUAACACCCAGAGUGUAUGGAUCUGUGCAUUUAUUGGUUGUCCUAUCUCUAGUCACGGUUU